GUUCCCAAAAAUGGGUCGCUACAGUGGAAAGACAUGUCGUCUCAUCUUUAUGAUGUUCUUCUUGGGUUCAUUCUUUCUGGCCGAGCUGGUGUCGGGAUACCUUGGAAAUUCAAUCGCCUUGAUGUCGGACUCCUUCAACAUGCUGUCGGACUUAAUUUCUGUGACAGUUGGCAUGUCGGCUCUGCGUCUUGGUCGCCUGGAGCGGACCGGCCGGUUCACUUAUGGACUGCCCCGGGCCGAGGUCGUGGGCGCGCUGUGUAACGCCGUUUUCCUCACGGCGCUCUGCUUCACCAUAUUCGUGCAGGCUAUCAUGCGGUUGGUGGAGCCGGAGAAGAUCGAAAACGCGGAGCUCGUGCUGAUUGUGGGGGCCCUGGGGCUUGGCAUCAAUCUCUUUGGACUCAUUCUUUUUCAGGAUUUUUGCUUCUGCAAAAGUCAGAUGGAAGACGUUGAGGAGGAACCCGCGGGAAGCGACAAGGAUUGCGAAGCAGUUCAGACAAAGAAGAAAGAGAACAGUCCAACAGCAGCAUUAAACAUACGAGGCGUUGUGCUUCACUUGAUGGGGGAUGCACUUGGUUCACUUGUAGUGGUGGUGACUGCAGUAAUCUUCUUUGUGUUGCCAUUGGGUCCUGAAGAUAGUUGUAAUUGGGAGUGCUACAUUGAUCCAAGCCUCACAAUUGCCAUGGUUAUCAUCAUUUUGUCAAGUGUCUUCCCUCUCAUUAGAGAGGCUGUCUCCAUUCUGCUUCACAUGGUACCUGAGGGCCUUCAUGUGGAUGAGAUCAGUGCAGCCCUCAGGAAGGUUCCUGGAGUUCAAGGAAUGCAUGAGCUGCAUAUCUGGAAACUGGCAGCUGGACGCAAUGUUGCCACUUUGCAUGUAAAAUGUGCAGACGCAGUUGCAUUUGAGUCCUUGAACCACCAAAUACGAGAGAUUUUUCAUAACAUUGGGGUUCAUUCAACAACCAUUCAGCCUGAACUGACUUACCAAGAAAAGCCCCUUGGGAGGGCCCUUUCCUGUACAGCUUCCUGCCUUUCCCGUGGUUGUGAGCAACAGAUGUGCUGUAGUAUAUUCAAUGAACAUGAUGAGAAGGAUCACAUGGGGCUAGAAAGCUGUUCCUCACACAACAGGCCACCUAGAUUCAGCGUACUGUACCCAGAUAACAAAGGUGUCAUCAACAGUACCUUCAUCUAG